AUGGCACACCAAGCGACUGACAAUGACUCGGAGUCGUGGAAUCCUGCAUCACGGCCCGAGAACAAUAGCACUCCUGUUACUAUGAGCUCGAUCGAGGGUGGAUUGUCUGAGCCAAUUGCGGCGGAUAAGCCAAAGGACCUCGCCGAUGCCAUGUCUCCACAGAGUGAGGAUUUCUCUGCGUGGGAUAUAUCCGAUGAGGUAGACGCGAUUCAGUCUCAACACACGGGCUUGGACAUGCUAGUGAACAAUGCAUCACCAGCGGUAGACCAGGCCGUUUGUCUAGACACGGAUUCCGUCGAUAAGAAGACCAGUCAAAUCCCCGAUCAGACGACCGAAGCGGUUCAUACACCUAUCGCGCCAUCUAUUGAGACUGCAGAUGCCAUCCUAAAACCGACCCUGCCAGAAACUCAGCCCGCGCAGCUAGUUCAGACCGAAUCAUCUCCAGUCCAAUCCGAUGUCGAGGGUAAUAAUAGUUUCUCGACCACUAUAGACGAGCCACUCUCUAUUCCAACCGGAAGCUCUGAUACUACCGUUCCCACUGUCGCACCUGGACAAGAAACUACUGCGGAGUCGACGUUUGUGAAAGAGACUACACCAUCAAAGGAGGGACAAACAACAGCACCCGAGCCUACUUUGGACACUUUUAAACAUGAAUAUACCACAGCGUCCACCCCCACUGAAGAACUGUUCCCACAAACAGACGGGGAGAAUGCCGAUUCGGAGGAUCCCUGGACUAGCUUUGAGAAGGACCUUGGCAAUACUCUGCCCUCCGCCGAAGAGGCUACACCUGAAGAAAUCUCCCAUGCUAUCCCAGAGUUUGCAUCGACCUCUCAAAUCCAGAAUAGUGAUGAGCCAAAGUUUGUAGAAGAAGGUAUCCGUCCAUCGCCAGAGAAAACGGCAUCCGCGGGUGCGAAAUUUGUCGAGGAGAGUACUGGUGUGUUCACCUCCACCGAAGAGGGCAUUGCUCCAACCGAAAAUGAGCAACAUGAUCUCGUGUCUCGCUCGGUAAAUGUCGAAUCUCAGAAUACCGAUUCAAAGCCUCCUAUCGCGGAGGCCUUUGCGCCGACCAACGCUACCCAUCCAGAUCCGGCUGCAGUUCACGCGGAUACAAACAUUAGAGAUCAAGCUUUCUGGGAAAACGAGCGGAGCGGUGAAGUCGAUUCUGAUGAGGAUGACUUCUUUAACCAACUCAACACUCAGACAAAGCCUAUCUUCGCGGAAGCGGAGUCCAGGUUCGAGGAAGGGGUCCCAUUGUUGGAUGAAUCUACACCGGCUUCGCCUCAGCACCAACAGAAGGAAGAGAAAUCUAUCGAAAGUGUGUUUUCUAAUGAUGAAAACGACGCAGAUGGCUUCUUCAGCUCGACCCCAAAGGCAGAGGGAAAGAAUGACGAUGAGGAUCUCUUCGGCUCUACUUCAAAGGAAGAGGCUGAGGAGCAACCCGCCGUUCAUCUCACCCGAAAGAGCACGUCUCAGGCUUUGGAAUCGGCUGGGUUUCCUAUUGACUCACCAGUUAGUGACACUUCGGCUGCAGCGCAGUUCGAUGAUGCCCUGAAGGCUGCGUCCUUACAGCCCAAGACAACAGCCGAUCCAUCGGAGGAAGAGCUAGCGGCACGAUGGGAAGCCGAGCUAGCCGAUUUACCGGAGGAUGAUCUCGCGGCUCGUUGGGAGGCGGCAUUGGACGAUGACGAUAUGCUGCUCGAGACCGAAACCGCCCAGCCUAUCUCUGCACAGGAGGAUAUUCAUCAAACUCCUGUUGAACCUACCAACAAUGGUCUGUCGGCUGGCUUGAAUAGUCCCUUCCAGACCCCUCAGACCUUUUCUCAGCCAAGGCCUGUUCCUAGCAUAUACACACCCCACCAACCGUCCACUGGUGAUCUGUUGCAGGGUGUUCCUCUACCAGGAACUGCGCCGCCAGCCACAGCUGCAAUGUCAUCAUACUUCUCGCAGCCACCGCCGAAUCCUGUGGCAACCAGGGGAGAUAGUUUUGCUGAGCGGCCAAAAGAGGGUUACAAAUCACCUUACGACCUUCCAGAUGAUAUCCGACCCCGAAAGCCGGUCGCUACCCACAAGCCUACUCCUCCAGCAGUGACAAGUAUGCCUCCACCCCCUCCGCCAGCUCCCCCCUCAGCUGUUGCUGCUCCCCCUGCGCCCAAGAAUUUCUACGAGGAACUUCCUCUGGCACCACCACGGUCUAGACCUGCCAGCUCAGGUCGGUACACCCCUAAUCCGCAGGCGGCGCCGACGAUGAUCGGAUCGUCUCUUCCUCCUCCCCAAGUUCAAUAUGCUGCUCCCGCACCACCGGCCCCACAGCCCUUGGCGCUCCCAAUCCAAUCCACACUCCAGCCACCUGAACAGCUGGAUCCGUAUGCUAGGCUAGCAUCGAGUGCCCCGGCCGGACCUCCUGCCGUUGCAAGGUACUCUCCUCAGCCCCCUGGCUUGCAAGCACCCUCAAAGCCACCUUCAUUGCCAGUAUAUUCCCCUGCGCCCCCUCCCACCUCUUCAGGUCGCAGUCGAUAUGCCUCACAGCCACUCAAUGUCCCUGGCCAAAAUUUGCCUUUCCAGCCACGGACAUCAAGUCCGCUUGCACACCAUGAAAAGGUUUCUUACCAACCCGAUCAAGCACAAAAGCCACCAUCUCUCGAGCCUGCGAUCAAUCUUUCACCGCGCGUGCCCGGAGCUGGCUUCGGACAAAUCCCACCUGGCGCUCCGCAAUAUCUCAAUGGUCCUGCCAGUCUACCACGGAGAGAAAGUGCGGGCUCACCAGUGCAGUCAUCUCCACCUCAGAGUCGGUAUGCUCCUCAAGAAUAUCUCAAUGAAUUCGCCCAGCGUCUUGCGCCGGCUCCACCUGCUCCCUCAACGAAUGUAUACAUGUCUCCACCGCCUAGCGAUAUCCAGAUGGGUCCUCUUCGCAGGUCCCAGACCCAAUCACCUGCCCGGGACUCGACGAGCCCGCGUUCCUACGGACAGAACAUCGAUACUCUCCAAAGGCCGGCUUCGGUGCAAGUUUCAGGCUCGCCUACUAAAACCGUGAAUCCGUAUGCUCCUAUGCAGGCUGCUUCACAGCCCCGGGCUCCCACCCAGCACCUGGAAUUUAUUGCCCCCAAUGAUGGACAGGAGCAUGAUCCCUUGGAGCGAUGGAAGGGUGCUCCGAUCUUUAAAUUCGGGUUCGGUGGAGCUGUGGUAUCUUGCUUCCCCAAGCACAUUCCUCGCUACUCUGUUGGCCAAGUGGCGCCAAUGAUUCAACCCACUCUUGGCGAACCGAAGAUCUCCCAGCUGAGUCAAUGGCUGCCCUCUUCUGAUACCAUUGUCCAACACCCUGGGCCUCUCAAGGUAAAAUCGAAGAAGAAGGACUUGAUUGCUUGGCUUUCUAGCAAGAUUGCGGCGUUUGAAAAUUCGGACCUUCCAAGUUACGAACAAGUUCGGUCCGAUACGCACAAACGCCAGGAGGAAAAAACCCUCCUUUGGAAGGUUGUCAAGCUUCUGGUGGAGAAUGACGGUAAUCUGGAGAGUUCCCCUGAGAUCCAGCAGUCUCUCCGUCGGAUCAUCUUCCCCAACUUACCCGACCCCGACGCAGACGGAUCAUACACCAGCAGCUUAGCUGCCUUGGGAGGAUUUGCCCCUUCGGAAAUGCCUUCGCAGCCUGAUGCUCUUGAUGCACAAUGGUUGGAAGAGCUUCGCCUACACUUGAUCCGUGGUGAUCGAGAGAAGGCCGUAUGGAGCGCUGUCGACCGACGUCUUUGGGGACAUGCGAUGAUCAUCUCAUCCACUAUGGAUAGGUCUAUCUCGAAACAGGUCACGCAGGAGUUUGUCCGUCGCGAGGUCAGAUCCAAAGGCGCAAACACCGAGUCAAUUGCAGCCCUUUAUGAAAUCUUCGCUGGCAACAUCGAAGAAAGCAUUGACGAACUUGUACCCCCGUCUGCCCGAGCAGGGCUGCAGCUGAUUAGCAAGGCCGAUGGCCAGGGCUCCACUAAGAAUGCUCUUGAGGGCUUAGACAAGUGGAAGGAUACCCUGGGACUAAUUUUGAGUAACCGAAGCUCUGAGGAUCACCAGGCACUGCUUUCCCUUGGCCGCCUGCUUAAUUCUUAUGGACGGACAGAGGCGGCUCACAUUUGUUACAUCUUCUCGCGUGCUGCUGUGUUCGGUGGCCCCGAUGAUCCACAUGCCAACAUCGUUCUCCUUGGUGCUGACCAUCAGCGUUGCCCUUCUUCCUUGAUGGACGAAGACGCUAUCUUGCUGACUGAGGCUUAUGAGUAUGCCACCUCAGUUCUCGGCAACUCCCCAACGGCCAGUCUGCCACAUCUGUUGGCCUUCAAGAUAUUGAAUGCCAGGUGCCUCGUAGACCAGGGUCGCAAUUCAGAAGCGCAAGGCUAUUGUGACGCAGUGGCGUCAGCAUUGAAAGCAACCACUCGUCCCUCGCCGUACUAUCACCAACAUCUCUUUGCGGAAGUCGAAGAGCUGUCUGCACGUUUGCGCCAAACAACCAGCGAUACUGGCUCUUGGAUCUCGAGACCAAGUAUGGAGAAGGUCUCUGGGUCUAUGUGGGCUCGUUUCAAUAGCUUUGUGGCAGGUGAAGAAAGUGAUGCUGCGUCGACUGGAUCCGGGAAGGGUGGCGAGCAAGCGGAAUUCGGUCCUUUUGCAAACAUCGCUGGCACCCCAACAAUCAGCCGCUCACCUUCUGUAUCUGACAUCUACGGGUCUUAUCCUGGAGCAGGAGCAGGAGCGCAGCCUAUUGCCACCAGCGGCCCGUCCAAGUAUCACCCAUCGAGCCAAUAUGCGCCCAAUGGCUCGCCCGAGCAGUUCAAGGGCCGAUCUUCAAUGGAUUCCCAGAGGUCUGCUUCAUACUUCCCGCCCGUUGGUCAGCGUCGAAGCUCACAAGAACUCUCGCCCUCGAUUGAUCAACAUAUGUCCUAUGGAGCCCCAAUGUAUGGGUCACCAAACGCGGGUGGAUAUCAACCAACACCACCCCAGUCCUCAUACAUUCCUCUUGCUCCGGUAGAAGAAGCUCUGUCUCCCGCUGAGGCUCCUUCAGCUGCACAGUCCAUGGUCAAUGGACUCUUUUACCAGCCUCCAGGACAGGCUGCCCCAUCCAGCGAAUCCCCAUAUUACCAAGGCCCUCCCGGUAUGCCAGCUGGUCCAGACUCAGAGUCACCCUACGCACCUCCCGUUGCUAGCUCAUCUUAUGAGCCGGUUUCUUACGAGCCGGUCGCGGCUGGUGUAGAUAUGGGCCAUGUUGCCGAGGAGGACGAUGUGCCACCUACCGCAGAGCAGCCAAAGAAGCGGUCAAUUAUGGACGACGAUGAUGACGAUCUUGCUGCCCGGGCAGCGGCUAUCCAAAAGGCGGAGAAUGAUCGCAAGGCAAAUGAAGCGUUCGCGAAAGCCGCCGAGGAAGAUGCCAAGAAGGGUGCUCAACAAUCUGGCAAGAAGGGCUGGUUCGGUGGUUGGUUCGGCGGACCUAAGAAAGAGGAAAAUAACUCCGGUGGUGGUCCCAUCAGAGCCAAACUUGGCGAAGAGAGCUCCUUUUACUACGACAAGGAUUUAAAGAAAUGGGUCAACAAAAAAGAUCCCGGUAGUAGCGCUCCAGUCCGCGCCACCCCUCCCCCUCCCCGAGGAUCCGCUCCCCCCAGUCGGACUGCGAGCUCGGGCAGCAUGCCACCAAACGGUACGCCUCCGAUGCCUGCAAUGCCCCCAAUGUCGGUCUCUGGGAGCCGUCCUCAAUCUUCCUCAACCGCCGCCCCGCCUUUCUUGUCAUCCAGUCCGGGCUUCUCUGGUCUCGCGCCUCGGUCCGUUUCCACGGGAGCGGCUAUGCCAACACCGCCUGGUAGUUCUAGCGGCCCGCCGCGGCCUUCUUCGUCUUUGACUCAUGCUAGCUCAAUCGACGAUUUGAUCGGUGCGCCUCAGGCGCGUAAGGGCAACACAGUUCGCGGCAAGAAGAAGGGCCGUUACGUUGACGUGAUGGCCCAAUAA